GAGGCAUUCAGUCUGUUCACUCGCAGCAGCAGCAGCAGCAGGACAAUGGGCUGUAUCCACCACGGAUCGUAACGGGCGCCGGGCUGUUUCCGACCAACUGCAAUAUAAGGAGGUGAAUGUCAAACAGCUCCAGGAUGCUGCCGUCCUCAUCCCUGCUGACCUGCUGUUCAUCAGGGGGGAUCUGAUUUACCAAACAUGAUGAAGACUGAGCCCCCGUCGGCCACGGGGAGCAACGGGGCGUCGGGUGGGAGCAGCGGGGGAAGCGGGAGCUCGAACCUGCGGAGUCCCUCACCCCACCGCAAUGCCUACGAGGCGGGGCUGGCGGCGCUGAAGAAGGCCACCGACCACCUCAACAAUGCCGCGAACGGAGGCUCUGAGCCCGCCUCAAAGCCCGCCCCGCUGCCCCGCCCGACCGGGAGGGGCAGGAGAUAUGGAUCAAACGUUCACCGCAUCAAGAACAUGUUCAUGCAGAUGCAGUCUCCUGGUGAUGAGGAAGACGGAGCCAAAAUGAUUGGUAAAGAGCAGGCGGUUAAACUGUCUCUGCCGAGAGCAUCCAGCCUCAACGAGAACGUCGACCACAGCGCCCUGCUCAAACUCGGGGGCACGGUCUCAGAGAGGGUCAACCGGUUUGACUCUAAGGCAGGUGGGGAGGGCGGAUGCUCCGCCAUGGGUCUCUCCAAACUGCAGGAGACCAGGAGGAUCUUUGAGCAGCGGACUCUACAGGAGAAGCAAGCGGCCACUAACCGGAUCCUCCUGAAGAAGGAGCGGGCGUCAGGCUUCCAGGGCAGCCGUCUAGACGUUGUGGCUCGCUUUAAUGGCUCCACUGAGGCUCUGGACCGGCUGGACGACCCGCCUGCUCCUAUUCCCGCUCCCACUCCCCCUACUCUUCCUGCUGCUGCGGCUUCAGUCGGGCCCGGUGAGGCCGUCAGCCCCACUGUGAGCCAGCUCAGUGCCGUGUUUGAGAAGGGCGAACUGCAAAACAAUCUCUACCUCCCCCAGCGUCGGUCAGCCCCUGCCCUAGCACCAAAGCCCAAACCUCCAGCCAGAGGGGAGGCUGUCAGCAGGAAGGCGAAGGUGUUGCCGCCAGGUAAGGACCCCGAGGUGGAGACAGCAGGAGGUGUGAGCACACAAGGAGCAGAGCUACCAGAGAUGACAGGCUCUCUGCAGAGGAGCGUAGAGGGAGUGGUGGCCAGCGAGGAGAAGGAAGCGUUCGGACAGUCAGGAGACCAGCUGUCCAACUCCUCCUACUCCUCGUCAUCCUCAGUGGCCGUCACUUCCUCCUCUUCCUCUUCAGAGGCCAAGCCGGAGUCGGAAGCCCAGCCAACAGCGACUGAGGCCAGGGGCUCGAGUACAGUGGCCGCCCCUGAACGUGAGCCGCAAGCUGGCGAGCAGGACGACUCCACCGGGGGGUCUGAGGCCGGGUCCAGGCUGGUGCAGGCGGAGGUUCACGCCUCGUUGGAAAACGGAGAAAAAGAACCUCCAGGUUCCUCUCCCUCGGAGGAGGACAAAGGAGAGGAAGAGGAGGACGAGAAUGAUGAUGAUGGCUCGAGGAAGGAGGAUUACUCGGAGGGGGAUCUGGUGGAUAUCAGUGCGUACAGCGGGCUUGGGGAGGAGGACUCUGGAGGGAGCCAACUGGACGACGAGGAGGAUGAGGAAGAUGAGGAGGCGUAUCAGCCGGAGACCAGCUGCUCUGAGAUUGCCGGCCUCCCUGAGGAAGAGGAGCCACCGCCGUCCAAUAGGAAGAUUCAAUUUAGCACUGAGCCAAUCAAGGUCUUUACCACCUACUCUAACGAAGACUAUGAUCGACGUAACGAUGAUGUCGACCCCAUGGCGGCCUCGGCCGAGUACGAGCUGGAGAAGAGAGUCGAGAAGCUGGACCUGUUUCCCGUUGAGCUGGAGAAAGACAGUGAUGGUCUGGGUAUCAGUAUCAUAGGUAUGGGUGCAGGAGCUGACAUGGGUCUGGAGAAACUGGGGAUCUUCGUUAAGACGGUCACCGAGGGUGGAGCUGCGCAGAGAGACGGCAGGAUCCAGGUGAAUGAUCUGAUAGUGGAGGUUGAUGGGACCAGCCUCGUCGGCGUCACUCAGAGCUUUGCUGCUUCCGUCCUCCGCAACACCACCGGCACUGUCAGGUUUGUGAUUGGCCGAGAGAAGCCGGGGGAGCAGAGCGAAGUGGCUCAGCUGAUCCAGCAGACUCUGGAACAGGAGAGAUGGCAGAGAGAGAUGAUGGAGCAGAGAUACAAACAGUACAUGGACGAUGAUGAAGAGACGGGUGAAUAUGCGACAGACGAAGAGGAGGAGAUGAGUCCUGUGUUUCCAAACUCCAUUGAGGUUUUCGACCUGGCGGAGAACCAGGAAAUGUUGUCUCCUGUGGAGCUGGACCCCGAGAAGCUGGCCCACAAAUUCAAGGAGCUCCAGAUUAAACAUGCAGUAACCCAGGCGGAGAUCCAGCUGCUAAAGAGAAAGCUGGCUCACGCAGAGCAGGAUAAGUUGCGUUGGCGGAUGGAGCGCGCUCAGUUGGAGCAAAACAUCCGGGACAGUAAAGAGAGGAUGGAGAAACUGGAGGGCUACUGGAUGGAGGCACAGUCCCUGUGUAAGGCGGUGGAUGAACACCUGAAAGAAACCCAGGCUCAGUACCAAACCCUCGAGAGGAAAUACAGCAAAGCCAAGAGACUGAUCAAAGAAUACCAGCAGAAGGAGAUCGAGUACCUGAAGAAGGAGACAGCACAGCGUCGGGCGCAAGAAGAGAGCGAGGCAACACACAAAGAAGAGACGGACAACCUGCAGGAAAAGAUUACAGACUUGGAGACCAAAGUGGAUGCCCUGAAGACUCCCAAACCCUCCUAGACUGCUGCUACUUCCUACCUCCUUUCUGUGACUCAAAGAGGAGGAGCUCUGCCUUCAUUCUGACCGGGGCUGUAUUUUAUUCCAAUCAACCAUUUACUGCACAGACAGGGAACGGCGGGGGAAAACUAAAAGAAUAUCAAGGAUGACAACUGUAAGAGAGAGAGGACGAGGAGGGUGACAUACAAAGAGGAAAAGCAAUCCCUCAUCUACCAUUUGCCAGCAGCUUAGAGCUCCGUCAGUCAAUAACCAAUCCCAGAAUGCACCUUCUGUAAUACCCAGAAUCCUCCUUGUGUGUCUUCCUGGCAACCGGCUUGGCAAUCAACACGGAAACCACAUUCAACAACUCGUACAUCAUUUAUGGAUGAUCUGUUUUCACUUCUCCUCUCCUCAUUAACUGUAUUGUACCAGGACUCUGCGAUUGAUUCAGAUUUAUUUUAAAAAAAGCGCUUUUAAUAAACAGGCUUGUCACAAAGUGCUUUAUAGAGUGACAGAGGGGACAAAUGCAGAAUAAAUGGGAACAAAACAAGAAAGGACGAAGGUCAUUUUGUUGUCGUACUUCUUUUGAACUGCGUGGUCGUUGAACCAUCUCUUAAAUUUUUUUUGGGACUGGACUGGAUUCUUACGAAGAGGACAAACGUGUUUUUCUGUUACAUGGCGUUGGGUCAUUUCGAAAUCAAGAACUAAGUGUCCACCUCAUUUUUAAAGACACAACUCUUAUUCUGAAGUGGAACCUCUGUAGUGAUGACACACCAUGACAAAAACUAACUUUGAAAAGGAAAUAGCCACCACACUAUGAAAACUAUGAAACAAAAUGGCCGACAAAUUUCUGAUGAGUGGCAAAAACUGGUAAAUAACAGAAGAACGCCCCGCCCCCAGCCUUUGUUUUAUCUUUUCCAGUCUAAUUCUCUGCGAGUGAUGGAAGGAAUCAGGCAGAAGCGUGCAUUUCAGGUCUGAACUGGUGGCAUACUGUUUGUAUAUAUUCUAUACAUGUAUUUAAAAGUGUUUAAAUGGCUUAAGCAAUUAAGUGGGUCUGAUAGCGGUGAGUAAAGCGGUGCAGUGAGGGAGUGGUAACGUCUUGCUGUGGAAGGUUGAGUGGUUCAGUAGCCCAGUUUCAGUCUGUUUCAUCUCUUCUCUCUCAACAUCAGUGGCAGACAGGGUGUGAAUAGUCUAAUAUGUGCUUAUAGAGCUUCUAAUGGUGUAUAUUUGUUGGUGUUUACUACAGUAUCUGUGGGUUUACAUGCAUUCCAACAUCCUGUUAUUCGGGAUAGUCAUGUACUAUAUUCUUGAGUUGGUGCAGGGAAACGUUGCGUUCUGUUUUCAGAAAUUUGCUCUUAUCCAGAUCACAAAAAAAAAUGAAUAUGCUCACUUGAAUAUACCAGUGUUAUGAGGCUAUUUCGUGUGCAGCUUCCACUAUGCAUCUGCUGCAUAGUUUCCUGCACUCGGGCUGCAGGGUAAAGUGAGAAUAGUCACUAACGUCCUAUAUUGAGAAACAUCUGAUAUGUACAUCAGGAUCUCCUGACGUGAAUGUUUUAGUGUCCGCUGUUCAAACAUUUCUUUGAGGCAGAACUUCAGAAAUAAUCUCAAUGUUUGAGUUAAAUUUAAGUGGGUGGAGCCAUAGAGACAAAAAUUCCCAACCAAUGAUAGAUCUUUGUGCCAGAUAUUGAUAUUGGAGAGUUCUGAUCACAAUGUAUUGGACAGUAUUCUAAUUUUUACAUAAAUACAGUUAAGGAGCCUUUACUAACAGCUGAUGCCGUUGAUUAUCACUGUAUUUGAUAUGUUGUUUUACCUUGAAAAGUAGCAUCAAUAGAAUAACUGUUAGAAGUUUUUCAGUAGUUGUAGGUGAUGUUUUCUCUUCGGUGGUUCCAUCCCUGGUCCCCUCUUGGUCUUUAAAUAUUGCAAAUAUUUUUACACAUAGCAAAUCCAUAGCUGAUUCACAGAUGUCUUGAAAACAGUUCCAGUUAAUCAUAUGAAAUAUUGUAGGUAAAAUUCACUCAUGACUGUCUGUUCCUACCAGACUUCUCCAGGAACACAAGGUAAACUCAGAGCAACAGCUGCAUGAGUCAUCCUCUUAAUGAGUCUGACAAAAGUACAGCCUGGAGCUCCACAAAAGGAGAUUUGGUUAUGAAAGAACUGUGAUCAAGAUAUGUCCUGACACAUUUUACAGUUGAAAAAUAAAUUUGUCAGCGCUCUGCAAAGUAUUUAAUGAGAAUACUGUUUCUGCGUGACCUCAGACUUAUUACUUCCUGUUACUUAUCAGCUAAUAUCAACUAAUAAUAUUGCCCAUGGCCAUAAUGAUUACAUUUCUCUGUAAGCAACUCAACUCUAUACCAAACUAUGAAGUUUUAACCACAACUGGAUACUUAAUAUACGUGUUAAAGCCUCGCAAAUAAAUUGCCAGGCUGAUAAAUGGGAGCAAAAAAGCAAAAAGCCCUAACCCCUAACCCUUCAAUUAUGUAUUCAGAAGGAGUCAAAUGUCAAAACUAGUGAAAUAUUCAAAUUAUUAUGGCCUUUCAUUGGCCAAUUUAUCAGUCAGACUGUAAGAGCUCUACUAAGUAAUCUAGGUCAUCUAGCCUAGACUGAACAAACUUGCUUGUAGUGAUACAUGCUAAUUUAGCCUACAGGCUUCCCAAAAGCGUAAUAUACAAUUGUCAUGAAUGAAAGUUUUUUUUUAAUUGAUAUUUCAGUCAGUAUUUGACUUUUCUAGUUAGCUAGCGGAGCCUUUCUAUGCUAACGUAUCAGGAUAGUUUUGCCUCUGAGAAAUGUUUGUCUAACAACUUUCACAUGGAUUUGAGCUACAGUGUUAUUCAGAAAACAGUGUGCAUGUAAACACACUCUGCACAUCUUACAUUAGGAGGAGAGUAAAAUGUCCCAGUGCCAGUAUUAUGACUUUAGAAAAUGGAAUUAAGUUAGUGAUACAUAUAUGCCUGACGUAGUCCAAAUAUAGGUUGAAUACAAACAUGUUGAUGUGGUCAUGAAAGGUCAUCUAAACACUUCUUUUUUUAUCCCAAACAAAUAUUUUUAUUGGAUCAGAUAAAUUCAAUAAGUUGCAAGAAGUUUUGAAACACACAGCACAAAGAAAGUUUUUGAAAAUGCUUGCACCUAAAAUUUGCCACUUAGAUUGUCACUUUUGAAACGGUAAUUAAUCGCAAUUUAUUUCAUUCUCUAUAUAGAGGAUGGACAUAUUGACUGUUAGGGAUUGAACUGUGACUCUGUGGUAACAAUACAGUCUGUAUGUUUAGACAGUUAUACAUCUAAUUAUUCUGAUUUGACUCUACCCAGUAGUUGAUGAUGGCUGUUUGAUGUUCCAUAUAUGGUAUAUAUAUAUAUAUGGUUCAUAUUGGUAUAUGGAUGAUGGUGAAAUGGUGCUUAGUAAGGCGGUGUGCAACACAAGUAAUUUAUACAAAGUUUUGAAUGGCCCGAUUGUGUGUUUUGCUGCUCUAGUGUUGUCAUUCACCACCAUGAUUAUUGUGAGUUCAUGAAUGUGUUAAUCAAGGCAAUACAGCUUGCUGGCAAGCUCCCAUUAGGUUGCAUCCAUUGAAAAUGCUGAAUUAGAAACAAUAAAUUAGGCUACUAAUUCUAACUGAAUACAAACAUUUUUGGUUGAGAGUUUUACCCCUGUUGUAAGAUACAGAGAAGUUAAGGACAUAAAAAAUUAACUUUAGGUCUGUGUGGAGAGCAGAGAUCAAAUUUCGCAAAAACAAAAUCAUGUUGUGCAGUGCAUGUUAUUUUUAGCCAUGCUAGUGUCUAUUUGUCGGUCGGUCCACUGCUUUGGUCCAGACUGAAGUAUCUCAAUAACUGUUGGAUGGAUUACCAUGAAAUUUUGUAGGAACAUUCAUUGUGGCCAGAGGAUGAAGCAUAAUAACUUUGGUGAUCCUCUGACUUUUCAUCUAGUGCCACCAUCAGAUCAAGAAAAAAUAUUGAUUUGUCCAAUAUGAGCAUUGUAGUAGACCUCUAUUUGUAUUAACAUGGUAAAGUUGAAUCCUGCCAACCUGUCAUCAGCAUGUUAGCAUCAUCACUGUGAGCGUAAUCGCAUGCUAACAUUAGUAUUUAGCUAAAUACACUACUGUGUCCAAGUACAGAACAGAGCCACUAGCAUGGCUGUAAACUAGUUCUGUUAAAACUAUUUAAAAAAAAAAAAAAAAAAAUGUUUGUUUUAAUAUCUUGCAAACACAAAAUAACUUUAACAAAUCACAAAUAUAUAUGUGGAUAAAGCAAUUCUGCUUGUAAUUAAAUUUGAAAUCAAUGUUGCAUUACCACACUUACAAACUGUUAGCUAGAAUCAUUGUUUGUUGUCCCUUUACAUGUUGAGGUAUUUGCUCUCCAUGCUUGUUUUGCGUUGACAAAUCUGUCCUUACCCGCAGCAGACUUCACCCCAACUCUAAUGGCAAGUUUCCCUCAAAUUGUUUGAGCCCAAGUGUCUGAAUCGAUACCUGUGACCUACAGGAAGUAGUUUGUAUAAGAUGUGUCGGGGAAUUAUUUAGUCACAAACAGGAAUAUGAGAAAUUUGAACCAAAUGGAUAUAUCAUUCUUCUGUUGUGCUGCAUUCCUUUCGCCUGUCAUUAUGUAAUUAUGUUUGAACAGGACGAAGAGGAGCAACUCCAGACUCACAGUAUAAGGGUCAUGUUUUCAUGCAAUAUUGAAUCAGACAUAACAACAUUUUUUUCUUUUAAAAAAACCACCAAGUAUUUGUUUAGAACUUGCAGUAUGUUUACAUCAUCCUGUUAGAGAGAGAGCAUUUUUAAAGGAAUCAAAAUCAGCCAUAGGCGACUCACUUGAGUAUUUUUAUUAUUUUUAUUACAGUUUUAUCUCUAUGUCAAACCGACGCGAGCUGUAUAAUUGCUGAUUCAUCACCAAAUCAAGUCCUGGUCACUUUGGGUUUAAUAUCUAAACACAGUUAGUGAUCACUUUGCCUUGUUAUGAUGACUUUUUCUCGUUAGUUAAACAUGCUGCUUUUGCCUUUACAAAGCCUUCAAAUGUGUGUGUGCUAGCUGUAGCUGACUGUCACAGUUGUUGCCCAUCAUGUCUGCCCAUCGCUCAUACCUGCAUUAAAGACAAAAAACAAAAUAAGGGUUACCAGUGUUUAAAGAGUGUUCACCAGUGAUUACAGACAAACUGCCAUGACUGACGGAUUGUAGCACUACAGCAUUUACCUAUUGUUACAGAUUGUAGACAGAUUGAUGCCUUUCACCAUGACAUUUCUCAUUACUUCUUAUGUUUUAAUUAUUUAUUAAAUUCAGUUCUUUCCCCUGUUUUGCAUUCUGGGAACUGUCUUACAAAACCCAUUGCCCCACUGGUGGCCUCUGAGCAGCUCUGUAGGAGCAGGUGAUGGGGUUUAGUGCCUUGCUUCAGGGUUAAAGGUUCAUGAUUGUUGAGAGUAGCCUGUCCAAGUGUACAGACGUGUGUUCCACCACCAGCACCCUAUUAUCACAGCUUCCUUAUUCCCCUUGUGUUGAUGAGCCUCCUGGUCAGAAUUGCAUUAAGGGGUUUGGACCCCGUUAUACCUGCUGAAAAGUCUAGUUUCUUUUGACUUUGUUGAUGCAAUGACUGGCUUUUUGAUGCUCAGGGUGGAAAACUAGAAAACUCUGUCCUGUAACCACUGGUGACCAGUCUUUAAACACUUCACAGCCAGAGCCAAUAGGAUUAGUAGAACAGAUGCCUGUAGACUUGUGCUCAUGUAAUGUUUAAGAAUCUGGAAAAACUGGUGAAAAUGUUCAGUUACAGAAAAUAUGGUAUUUAAGACGAUUUUUUAAAACUAAUUUUUUGUUGGAAUUUUCCGUUUGCAUCGUUUUAUUAUGAUUCAACACGCAAACUCCAUGGCAUUUUAGCACUUUUUUAUAAUAUUAACCCAUGGCUUGACUUCUUCUCAUAGAUUGAUUAAAUCAGAAUUAGGUGUCAUGUGGUAUGCUAAAUGAGUGAUCAUGGACUGAGCGGUGCCAAACACUGUGAGCAGGACAAUCUGACAGUGUGUAAGCUGAGCGACCUUUGAGAGUGUCUCAGGUCUGAAACAGAUUUCCUUCUCUGCCUGGUUCUGUUCUACAGUUGAUGCCACCAUGUUUGUCUGAACCAAUACCUGUCUGUCAGCAUUAAUAAAUAAAUAUAUGUUGAACAAGACACAAGA